AUGCAUAUUGAUGAUGUCCUUGAAGCAGUUAUUAAUGAAAACAGUGACAAUUUGGAAAAUCAAAUACCAUCUAACCAUACUUCAGAAGAAUCAUCUAUAUAUUUCAAUAAUAGCUCUAAUAAACCAAAAAAACAAGUAGAUACAAAAGAAGCCGCUUCCAAUCUUAAAGCUCUUCAAGGUAAUACGUUAUUGUCUACAACAUCAGCUGCAAAUCAUAUUAACAAUAAAAUCAGCCAACGAAACCAAAGUCAACCGGAAAAAAAAACACCCAGCUUAAAACGUCCAUUAAAAUCAACAAUUAAAAAUAAUAAUGGCCAACUGGAGGAUAAAAAACAAUGCCUCGAACAAAAACGAGAUAUUUUGGUUGACGACGAAGAUGAAUCACCAAAUGGAUUAUUCAUCAGUUUGAAAACAUUUCUUGUUUUUAGUCGUGACUUUGUUAAAUAUAAUGAAACUUAUGAAAUAAUAAUGUUCCCAAAUUUUACAAGUAUGAUAUAUCCAUCAGUUGAUUUACCAGAACAGAUAAUAAAAUCGAUUACUGGAAUAUUAGAAGCUGAAUCAGCAAUUAAAAUUGCUGAAAGAGAAGCAUUAGCUGGUACAUGGGAUGGUAAAGCAAGAAUAAUAACAAAACAUGCAACAACAUUGCCACAAUUAAAUAAUGGUAAAAAAAUACCACCAACUAAUUGGAAAUGUAAAAAAUGUGAUUUGACACAAAAUUUAUGGUUAAAUUUAACUGAUGGUAGUAUAUUAUGUGGACGUAAAUUUUUUAAUGGUACUGGUGGUAAUGAUUAAUGAUCGCAUGUAAUUAAGCAUUAUCGUACAACUGGUUAUCCACUUGCUGUUAAAUUAGGUACAAUAACAAAAAAAGGGUAUCAGUAUUUCAAAUAUGGAUAAAACUGAAAAAUCAAUGAUUGAACUUGAGCUUGAUUUAAAUCAAAAAUUUGGUGAAUGGGUUGCAUUACAAGAAGCAUCAAGUAAAUUAAUACCAAUUUAUGGUGCUGGUUAUACUGGUUUAAAUAAUCUUGGUAAUUUAUGUUAUUUAAAUUGUGUUAUGCAAACAUUAUUUAUAAUACCAGAUUUUAUUAAAAAAUAAGUUGAUGAAUCAGUUAAUAUAUUUAAUGAUAAUUAUAAUGAUCCAGCAAAUAAUUUCGAUACACAAAUAUCAAAACUUGGUUGUGGUUUAUUAUCUGGUAAAUAUUCAAUCGAACCAAAUAAUAAUAAAUUAAAUUAAAUAAUGAAGAUUAUAAUCGUCAAGGUAUAUCACCAAGAAUGUUUGAAAAUUUAAUAUCACGUGGACAUCCUGGUUUUUCAUCAAAUCGUCAACAAUUGAUUGUUUUAAAUUUAAAGUUGAAGAAUAUAGUAGUUCUGGUAAAGUAAAAUAUUCAUAUAGACCAGAAUAUUUAUUACCAUUACCAAUACCACUUAAUAGUGCAAUUAAUAAAGAUGAAGUUAAGGGAUUUCGUCGAUUUUUUUCCGAAUAUGAGAAUGCUUUGAAAUUUAUACAGUAGAUUCUUGAAAUACUAAUACAUUUUAUGUAAUUUUUUGGUAAUUGUUUGGAAGCUCGUU